CCUGUUUAACUCUGUCAGUUCCACAACACACAUAUAGCUCACUGAGUCAGCUGUCGAAAAACACUCUGGUGGUGAAAUGAGCGCUGAAAACUGUGAUGAAAAUGUGUCCGUGCCUUUACGGAAUCUCCUGAACUCCAUCCAGUGUAUAAGAGACAGAGUCAGAGGUAAAUGGAACACCUUUAUUUAGUUAUGACGCAGCAGGUAAGAUGGGCCAGCUAGCUGUUAGCAUUCUAACGUAUGUAACAGUCCAAGGUUCACCGUUUGUUAUACCGUUGUCUUGUCUUACGAUCAGGGUUUUUUCGUCAUAUAAAAAUUGAUUUGAUUUGUAGCCGUAACUGUUUGCAGCAUUUGACGCAGUUUAACAGCUGUGUGUUUGCUGGAUAUUGAGCUGUCAGAUCGUCAUGAAUCCUGUUUAAGUCUAAUGAACUGCCCUGAUGAAUAAUGUCGCAUAACAGGGUUGUAGAAGUCACAUAAUUUAAUCCUCUGAUUCUGUAUAACGUUUAUAGAGGUGUAAAUGUGACUUUGGGUCUGUUUCAUGGCAGUUUAGAAUUCUAUACUGAGUUUUACCCGGUCAAAAAUGAUCUAUUAUGAGUUGAACUAGAGCUUUAACUUAACCUCUGUGGGUCGAACAGGACUCAGUUCAGCCUAAGUUCUUCCAGUAUAGGCUGCCCUCAACACAAUGCUUUACUUUUAUACCUGAGAACUGCCAGGUACCAGGGUCCUCAGCUUUAUGAAUGCUUCGUGCUCCACCUAGUGUCCAAAAUUACAAUUACACUAACAUCAAACUUAGUUUUGUAUCAUACAGAAGUCAAAUAACGCUCACAAUUCAGCUCCGACAAGAGCUGUUCAAACUCUCCAAAUGAUAAGAAAGGAGCUUCUUUACUUCCCUGGACCAUCCUCCAUAAAAGAGGAGGAGGAAACUUGACCCACAGUUCUUUGCAAAAACCACAUUUAAAGUUAUUGAAAGUAGUUUUAUCCUCCAUCACUUUGACAUUUAAACUCAGUCUUAGUCUUUUAAUGUAACCCAGCAAUUCUGCCUCAUAAAGCUUUUAUUUCCCACCACAGAUGGAGAGUCCAAUGAGUCUGACGGAGCGUUCAACCUCUCCAACUUCUGGGACACCCUGAGUUGAGUAUCGUCUGUGAAACCACUGUUAUACUUACCUUUUUUUGUUUAUUUUCUUUCUCAGUUGAUAAUUUUUUAAUGUCCAUCUGGAUUCAUCAAUCUUUUGUGGACUAUUACAGCUUUUAUGUUAUAAAUACAUUUCUUGGCUCUUGAAUUAUUGGGAAACUCGACUGACACAGCUUUAGCUUCCAAUAAAUAAAGAUUUCCUUUAACAACUGAAUAAUUUCAACAAAAUAAAGGCAAACCCUGUAAUUAAAAAAAGCCCAUCAUGUCCCAGAUUUAAACAUAAACAAAUCCAAAGACUAUAAAAUGAAAUAUUAAAAAAAUAAAAAAUAAAAAAAGGGUCUGUAUUCUGGUGUUUUACAUGAUGGUGUGUUUUUGUCUUUGUCCUCAGAUCAGGCAGUAAAGGCUGUGAGUCAGGAAGGUACAAAACUCAGCCUGGCUUUCUCCAAACCACCGCUACCUUCACAACAGGUCAGAUAGGAUCUUUUUAUUAAACAUGCUCAUUAAAGGCAACGGUUUAUUAAUGCAAACUAAACACACAGGUCCUGAAUGGACUUCAUAAAUCCACAAGAUCUUCAAGUGGAGUUAUAUUGAGUAAUUUCUGUCUGUCUGAGCUGCAGGAUGCCGAGAAGUUAUCAGACUCCAUGAUGAAGAGUGUACUGACUCUUUCCACUGUGUACUACUGGCUGCCUAAGAGCCAAGGUAAUAUACCGUCGGAAACAUGGAGGUCCACACCAGCUGUUCAGAACCUCCAUCCCACCUCUGACUCUGUAGAUCUCCUCUUUGUGUCUCAGGUAUCAGUCUGCGUCGACAGAUUAGGGAUGCCACUGUGGAGGUUUUGGAGGGAGUCUCACAGCUUCUGGAGGUCAUACUGAGGUCACCGCAACAGAGGUACAUCCAAACACAAACAUGGAGGCGACAUACAACCAAACAUGAGAGUCAGGAUGGUGCGUUAAAUAAAACGUAAUGUGAUGGUUUGAAAAACAACUCAAGGCUUAACUGAAAAUAGUAAAAAGAUAACAUAUCCAAUAACACAUUGAAUGAUUGUUAGUGAGAGACUGCGUGAACUAACAGUUCAUCAGUUUCAGAAUAAAGUUCCUGAGUGGAUUUCAUCAUCUACAGUAGUUAAUACCAUUCAAAGAUUCAGAGGAUCUGGAGAAAUCUCUGUACUGAAGGGACAAGGACCAAAACAAGGACUGGAUGGUUCUGAUCUUCAGGGCAUUAAAAACAGACAGGACUCUGGAGUUGGAAUCACUGCAUGGACUCAGAAUCAUAUUAAAAUAGCCAAAGCAGCGCUGAAAUCAGGCCCUUGGCUAUAAGAAGUGGUUCGUGUUGUUUACACUCCUUAUGGUUUAACGGAGAACAAUGUUUGUCCUCACUGCCUUUACUUCCUUUACCUCCUUCUUUGCUUCCUUGUCACCUUAUUACCUCUUCCUCUCUAUACUAUCACCUCCAGUCUGACCCAGGAACAGCUGACAUCAACAGGAGGUGUGUGGUCGGCCUGCGACCAGUUUGCCCAGUUACCACGAGGUCAGUAAAUUUGACUGUAUUAUGGAAUAAAAAUAGCUGCUCCCGUUGCUCAUCUACCUGUCAACUGUAGAUCAGUGGCAGCAGCGUGAGGGUACAAGCCUCUGCCUGCAGGUGUUGAUAAUGAUCUGCACGUUCGUAUUUAGUGGUGUCAUAUUAAGGACAAAUCAGGUCACAGGUUGUUAAGCUCCCUCUGAAGUUACUCGGCCUCUGUGAUUCAGUAAAUCCGUAUUUGAAAUUGAAGAGAUAUAUUUCUGCAAUUUUAAACUGCAGGAAAAAAUAAUGGUUAAAUGUGUUUGUGUUUCUGUCUGACAGAUAAUAAAGCUGCCGUGCUGGUGGUUCUGUCGGAUCAGUCUGGAGUUGUGAAAGACGCCCUGGAGGAAAUUGAACAGGUACACACACCUCCGUGGACAUGAUCUAGACUGACUGUUGUUACCUUGAGAGUUACGGUUCCUCUAACAGAAAUCAAUACUUCUAAUAUUGAUCUCUGAUUAUUCUUUAAUAUUGACUUUAACAAACUUUGCUCCAUGAAUUCAUCAGAUUUUUGUCCAAACACUUAAAGUAAAAUCACAACCUGAAAUCCUUUACCUCCUCUGCAAACUGAAGCAUGAUGUUUUUAAAUGAAGGCUGAUUGAAUAAUAUCUGAAUUCACAGAUUAGUUUAGUUUUUUUUGUUUCCUGUACCCAAAACAAAUUUGGAAAUUUAUGAGAAUAAAGAAGAAAACAAAACAAUGUUGGUAAAUUUAGUAAAAUAACAUUUAAAAUAAUAAAGGCAUUGAAGUCAGAAAUGUUUGUGGAUCAUGUCUCAGGCCUUAGCGGAGGUUCAAGACCCGUUCAGUGAUGUCCUUGAGGACGAACAGGGAGGAGACGAGCCUCGAGGAAACCAGGACACGUACUGGUCUGAGAAGGACCGGCGUGUGAUUGGUCAGUGUCAUGGGCUGAUGAAGGCAUCGGCGGCGUGUCUGAGGAAACUGAUGUCUGCUGUCAGGAGUAACGGUGACAUCAGCACGCCGCAGAAACUUGCUCAACUCGAUGACCUGGGUGACAUCAGCAAGGAGAUCAGCCCAGGGUACAAACUCACACACACACGUUGAAUAUGUUUUACCCCUUAACUCAUUUGAUGAUCCUGCACUUUAAAACGUAGCAUUCGUUUUUAUCUCAUGUCUGAACUUCUCUUGUCUUCUCCUCAGUGUGGAUGAUCUGGCUCUUUGUCUUUACCCUCCAAUGGACUACAUUGGAGUGGAGAGCAACGUAAGACAAUAACACACACACACACACACACACGAUUCAAAGGUUGAGGUUUGUAUAAAUCACAGAAAUAUAUGAUCAAUCUUUCUGAAGUUAACCUGACAUAUUUAGCAGACAGCAGUAACAAACACAGAGAGUCCGACAGCCACUUGGAGUUCCUGCAGCAGGAUAUUUGGACAGAGAAAAAGCAGUAAAGCUGCGUUCAAUGCUACCAAUUAACUACGACGUCUACAGAUAUAACAUGCAAAAUAACGUGACCCAGUGUUGCCAAUGCCUCAGUAAGGAAAGUCGCUGGUGGCUGUCCUAGAAGUCGCGAGAUGACAGCAUCACCUAAUUUGCAUAAUUUUUCAGUCACCCCCGCCAGCAGAGGGGGAGUCUUUCUAGGGUGUCUGUAUGUGUGUGUGGGGUUUUUUUUCGAUGCACAUCUGUUACCCAUUGAGAAGAGUAACAUUGAUACCUGCUUUCAUGUCAGAGUCUCUAAACUCCAGAAAAAGUCGCUAGAUUUGUUGCUAUGUGCUUUUUUGAAAAUAAGUGGCUAGGGGGGUCUGAAAAAUUGCUAUGUUGGCAACACUGAUGCGACCUGUUAGCAGCCAAAUGCUGUUAGCUCGAUUCACCUAAAGUUGAUUAAACAGAAAUGUAUGCCAGGUAUUUUGUCUUUGUGUUGUUUCAUAUCAGUUUUAUCUUUUAAUUUAUUAUGAUAAAUACUUAAAAAAAAAAAAAAAGUCUAAUAAGUAUCCGUAUUUCUUUACAGGUGGCUAAACUGGCGGCACUGCUGAAGAAAGUUUUGGAGAUAAUCAGGUAUGAAGUGAACUCAAACACAUUGUUCUUAAAUAACACAAACUUAAACUGAGAUCUUGUUGCUGAGGUAAGGAGGAGAAGUUUGGUCAUUGCUGGUGUGUCUGUGGGUCAGGUGGGUCACAGCUCUUAUGUAGUUAAACGCUCAUGUAGUUUAAUCUUAGCCUUGGGUUUAUUCAAUCUGAGUAUCAAACUACUUCAUUUAAAACCUGUGCGAUGGUUCGGGACGCUCUUCUGUUUGUGCAGAGAUCUUCUUUUUCACAGUGAUAAUACAAAGUAUCAGCGACUGUCAGAGCUGACGUUGCAGGUAGAGUUCCCUGGAAUCAGUGCUGCAGGUCAGAGCAGUGUCUUCAUAUCUGGGUGUGUUUGAGGUUUGAGAAAAGGGUGGGUGUGUGUGAACCUUAUCAGCUCACCUGCAGGUAAAUUCCUGUCUGUGUGAGUCAUGAAGGUUCACUGAGCUGUAAUUAUGGUUAGAGUCAAAUCUCUAUCCUCUCUAUUUUCAGGUGCAGUCAUGUGUGCGGAGAGUCACAGCUGACCUGGGUUCAGUUCUUAGAGGGGGCCAUUGACCACAACCUGCAGAAAACCAUAGACCUGAUUCAUGCAGACAGUUAGUGUGUGUGUGUGUGUGUGUGUGUGUGUGUGUGUGUGUGUGUGUGUGUGUGUGUGUGUGUGUGUGUGUGUGUGUGUGUGUGUGUGUGUGUGUGUGUGUGUGUGUGUGUGUGAGUGAGUGAGUGUGUGUGUGUGUGUGUGUGUGUGUGUGCGCGUGUGUGUGUAUGAGAGUUGGUGUUUUUUACAGGCAUGUGCAUAAAAAAAUAACAUCUGAGAAUAAGAAAUAAAAGCAGGAACUCCUGACCUGACCUCUUGUAUAGA